GUGCACACGCUCAGGAGGGAGCCGCGGAGCCCAAGUUCACACGUGCGACGCGGCACAACCGGGAACCCGCGGGCUCACCCAAGGGAUGUAGGAGGUCCUCCGUGCAGCUUUUGUGUGUGUGUGUGUGAGUGUGUGCUCGCCACCCCUGCCCUCCUCCAUCCUUCCAACAUCACUCUUGCCAAGGAGCGACGGCGAGGGACCGGCUGGGAUGACCUGGGUGACUGGCAGAGCGCGGGAACACCUCUACAGGCUGGCUAGUUGGGGGUCUGUCUGAUUCCCCCACCCUCUGGCUCCACCUUCCAAUGGCACGGUCGCCUGUGGUCAGCCAUCAUAUGGAUCCAGGGUCCCCCAUAGAGACAGUGGCCAGCUCCCUCUGUUCAGAAGCCAGUCCGACCCAUGAUAUCGAGAGCCACGUUACCGGUUUGUGGACACCAGAAAAACUGUGAAUGAGUGGAGAACGGGAAGAACACCUUGCUGUGAGACCGUGCUCCAUCCUCGUCUCUCCUCUCAGGGGAUGGCCCAGGUCCAAGAUGGACACACAAACACGUGUGACAGUCCUGCAAUGUUAGAGGAGAGCCAUGAUGGGAUGGACAGUGGUAGCCUGACCCCUGGCUCAGCUCGACAGGUCUGCAUUCAGCGCCACCCCAUCCACGGAUUCGGAUUCAUUGCCGGCAGUGAGAGGCCGGUUGUCAUCCGCUCCGUCUCAGCUGACGGACCCUCCGAGGGCAAGCUGCUCCCAGGGGACCAGAUCUUGGCCAUCAACGAGGAGCCAGUGAGUGACGUGCCCAGGGAGAGAGUCAUAGACCUUGUAAGGAGUUGCAAGGAAUCUAUUGCUCUUACUGUGCUGCAGCCCCACCAGUCCCCCAAGUCUGCCUUCAUUAGCGCAGCCAAGAAAGCUCGUCUGCGGACAAACCCUCCUAAAGUGCGUUUCUCUGAGCAAGUGUCCAUCAGCGACCCAGACUCCACUAUGUUGAAGGACGACUCUUUACUACUCAUUCCAAAUGUGCUGAAGGUGUUCCUUGAGAAUGGACAGAUUAAGUCCUUUACGUUUGAUAGCCGUACCACCGUCAGGGACGUCAUCUCCUCUCUCCAGGACCGUUUGUCAUUGCGAUACAUUGAGCAUUUUGCUCUGGUUCUGGAGUCUGGCGGGAUGCACCAGAACAACAAGCUCCAUCUUAUCCAGGAGAGUCAGCCUCUCUCCCACGUAGUUCAGAGGACCUACUUCCAGGGGAUGAAGUGUCUUUUCCGCAUCUGCUACUUCCCCAAGGACCCUGCAGAUCUGCUGAGGAGAGACCCUGCAGCGUUCGAGUACCUAUAUAUUCAGAGCCGCAAUGACGUGAUCAAAGAGCGCUUCGGAGUGGACUGGAAGUCUGAUGUUACAUUGAAGUUGGCAGCCCUCCACAUCUACAUCACUGUCUCAGCUGCCAGGCCGAACCAGAAGAUCUCACUCAAGCACGUGGAAAAGGAGUGGGGCCUGGAACCUUUCCUUCCCCUCACUCUGCUCCCCACUGUCAAGGAGAAGAAUGUUUGCAAAUCCCUGUCUCAGCUGUUAAAGACUUACCAGCACCCUCCACCCUCCGGCAACAAGGUUCCUCCUCUGCAGGCGAAGCUACAGUACAUGCGGGCCCUGAAUGACCUGCCACCAUUUGGAGGCCUGCUGUUUCACACUGUUGGUCUGGACGAGAAGCAGUCGGCCACCACUCUUCUGGUGGGACCCCGGCAUGGGAUCAGUCACGUGAUUGACUUGAAGAACAACCUCACCACCGUGCUGGCUGAGUUCAGCCGCAUUUCCAAGGUCCAGCUGUUCAGAGAGAACCAGGGAGUGGCCAGGGUGGAGGUGGCCAUCCUGGAGGCUAAGCCACUUGUCUUAUUGAUGGAGUGGCCAGAUGCCUCCAAUUUCGCCUGUCUCAUCUCUGGCUACUACAAGCUCUUUGUGGACCCCAAGAAGAACAUCUAUUGCCGAACUCCCGGUCAGUCUCACAUGAUCAAGGCAGAUUACAGAAGUGCCCAUACACUACCACGGUUCAUGCCAUCAGUGUCGAGCACCAGCCGCCGGGAGGAGAGGGAAGGGCUGCUUAGGGAGUCCUCUAAGAGGCCAGCUAGCCCAUCUCAGCCGCAGCACCUGGGUCUCUGUCACCUGCAUCUCAGGGAGCAGCAGCAGCUUCUCCAGGCACAGCAGCUCCAGUCACAAGCUGAGGAGCAGGUUGACAUAAAUGAGAACAUAAUCUUUCAAGAGGAGAGCCGGCCACGCACCAAGUCUGACCCAACAUUCAAGAGCUCAGAGUCCAUCGCAGGACCAGAAGCACCUGAGCAGGAAAUCUUUGAAUUGAGAGGCCGGGCCAACACGCUAGAACCUUCCAAGCGCCCUGAGCGAUUCUUCUGUGACUCUUGCAAGGCAAAGCUUAAGGCAGCAGCAGAGGGAAUUGUAGCAGUCAAUGGGGGAUCCCAGCCAUCAGUCCCACGCCGGUGUUCUAACGCGUGCGCAUCCCGUGAAGUGGGGGCUGUGGACCUCACGUCCUUACCUCCUCCAGGAAACGAGGAGGAUGAGGAAAUAGAUGAGGGAGGAGGCAAGCUGCAGCCACCACCUCCUGCAAUUGCUGCACCUCCUCCAGGAUUUCGUGACAACAGCUCAGAUGAGGACGACCCUAACAGAGGGCGAAAAGCCCAGGCUGAAGCUACAGCUGCAGAAUUGCAGGAAGAGGUUCCCGUGACACUCAUUGACAACGUGGCGACGCGUACGGUGCGAGAUCACGCACAGGAAUUGGACGAUGCACUUGUGUCCACAUUGCAAGCACUGGAGGCCCUGGCAGCAUCAGAAGACUACCCUCAUCACUCCCACCACCAGCAGCCCCCACAGACAACAGGGCUGAUCGUGUUGGCAGCAAUCACUCCAGAGUCUUCACUAGAUUCUGGACAUGAGACAAACUCCUCAGAGCUAACAGAUGUCUCAGAGAUGGUCUCUGCAAUGAAGCAGCACCAGAACCAAGCCUACCUGCUGGCCCACCAUAUCAACAAAGAUCGUCUAUUUAGCCGUCGUGACUUCCCUUUAGCCAUACCUGGCUGCUCUGCACAGGCUUUUGGGGGAGGUACUUUUUCCAUGGGUCAGUUGCGUGCUGGCUGUCCCCCCAAACCUGUCAUCUUAAGCAAGGCAACCCAACUGAGAGUUAUGCCCAGCCAGGACACUCCUCCACUAAGCCUUGCAGUGGAAAAAAGCCAAACACAAGUCCCUAAAUCUAGUGUGGGAGACACAGGGAAGUCCAAGUCAGAACUUCCCCAAGAUGUUCCAGCUAAUUCCUCCCCUCAAGUUCCCAGAGAAAUGAAAGACACUGAGCAAGAUUCUAAACAUACAGUCAGCAAGGAUCAGAAGGCAUUGUGUUCACAAGAGGACCACCUAACUCCAAACUCCUCUGUCAGGGAAAAUGUUAAGGGGAAAACCCCAAGAACUCCAAGUCCAGAACCUGCCAACAAAGCCUUACCCAUUCUCUUAACUGCAGAUGGAGCAACAUCUACUAAGAGUCGCCCAGCAACUUUGUGCCAAGAUGUCGAGACUGUCUCGAGUAAGACAAGCAAGCCUUCAACUUCCAAGGACCUCCUGCCAGAUGAUGACUUGUUCUGCACGUGCCCAGUACAAACAAAGCCUGGGCCUCCUUUACGACUGAAAGACUCACAGUCCCAUAAGGUAGUAGUGUUCCAUUCUUCUUCUCCAACUGAUGAUGAACGUCUUCGUGCUAAAGCUAAGACUCUACAGCUAACUAGCACCAAGGAGGGUGCAGCACAAGGCCCAGAAUCCAAUCUAGCUAAGCCCAGCUUAUUAGCACCGCCAAAGUUCUCCCCACACGCUCCCAAAAAGAUGGAGCACAAAGAGGCAACAGAUGUCAAAGCAGAGAAUUCCCAGAGCAAAGUUCCAGCUGAGCCACAGAAAAUGCCCAAAGUAAUGCCUGUCCUGGUUGACACAACAAAACCUGCUAGCUAUGUGGACAAGGCAGCUACAAUACCUUCCACAGUCUGCAAGAAACAAGGCAACAACAAGACUAAGUCCCAACGUAGUGCUCCCUUUUUAAGCUUCAGGAACCUGUUAUCUGCAACUUUUCCUGCACGGUUGAGGCGAGAGACAGAUGAACGACAGGCUCAGCUUCAGAAAGUGCGGCAAUAUGAGAUGGAAUUUUUAGAAGAGCUCUUGAAGCCCAAAGCAGCCCAGGCAGAAUUUCUACCCCAGGGGCCAUCUCUGGUGCCUGUGGGUACCUCCUGUGCAUGUCAGCUGCGUACUAGUCCUGUGCAAAAGGUCCCUGGUGUGUCCAGAGAGCAGAGGCGGAGCUGUGACUGCAAAAGGUUGUGCCGUGGAAUCCGACUGCCUGACACACCUGUUGGAUCUGAUCUUGAGCGAAGAGGAAGGGAGAGAACUGUCUCCAGGACCCCAUCUACAAUACCUAAAACCUCACAAGAGGUUUCUAAGAAAGGGUCUCUGCCAGAAGGAACUAGAAGACCUCAAACAUUAGCAAUUAAGACUACUCGAAUCCGCUCAACAAGCCUAGAGUCUCGGGAACCUCGAGGAAAGCCUGUGUCUUGUCUACCUACCUGCACUUCUCAUUCAGAGUGCUUGGGCGCCCCUCAUUACAUGAAGCUCCAGAGGCGAUAUAGCAUUGGUGAGGUAGACAGUAAUGAGUGUGCUCCCCUCUAUGCUGAGGUCAAAAAAGUGAAGUCCAAGAGCCUGGAGAAGGAAAUGGAGCGGGUCAGAGCAACUGGGCUACGGCUCCCAAUCCCAGUGGAACCAUCUUACACUCAUAUCAUGGAUGGAAAGAAGAAAGGUGUGUUUUCCAUCCAGGGAGAGGAGCUGUUAAGGGAAGGUCGAAUGGGAACUAAUGAGGUACUGCUGGGCCUGCCAAGUGAAGACAAUGAUGAUGGAAAGAAAUGCUGCUCCUUCUGUUUCUGCUACCGCAAGUGUGAGGAAGCCGAUGAGAACAGUGAAAAGGACGAGCUCUCGUACUCCAUACCCCUGCAGGUGCUGCCAGGCAUGCAGAUGGACAAUCGCAAUGUGCCCGUAGUCAGUAAAACACUACAGGUACUGAAUGCCGAGGACUGCAGUGGGGAGGUGGAAGAAGAGGAGCCCCAGAGUCAAGAGAUUGACCUGCGAGCCUGUGGUAGCCUGGAAGCCAGCUUAUCACGGGUACAGGCUUUGCAGGGAAAGACUUUCACCCUGCCAGAUGGCUUCUUGACUGCGCAGCUUGAUGCUAAUGAGCUGCUUGCCAUCCUGCGACAGUGUGCCGGCAGCCCUCUGGCGGAGGACGAGCCUCGCCUUCCAGCUCCACGGCUGGCUGAAUACAAGCAAGAACUGGCCUUGCGUUUCAAGGAGUUUCGGGCAUCAUGCCGGCGUGUUGCAGGUGUGGAGAAGAGCCCAACACGCAUGCUGAGCGCUGUCACAGCAAGUUUUCAAGUGCUCUGCAGCCUGACUCAGACCUUCAUCCGGCUGGUAAGGGGUGUGCGUUUGGAGGCCCAGAGACUUCAGCUGCUACGUAAGGUGGAAGAGGUGGCAGUUAACUACACCCUGCUGCUGCGUGCAGCCGAAGAGUCCAUGGGUCACUCCAGCAGCUUGCCCACCAAGAGCAGCAGCCCUCUUCCAGGACCCCCUGCAGUUAAUAUGGGUUCUCUCACCCGCUCUGUUAAGACCCUGACCACCAAGUGAAACCUGAAAACCAAGUAUGAACUGGGGUUUCAGCAAA